AUGUCCUACCCAAAUACUUACCGUGCCUGGCGCCGUACCAUACCGCCCUAUCCACUCCAAAUCGUGUCAUCUAACGAGACACUUCCCGAGCAACUCGGUGAGCUCGAUGUUCUCAUCCGCAUCCAUGCGGUAUCCCUCAACUACCGCGAUGUGGGUAUGUUGCGAGAGAAUGGUUAUCCUGUGCCUGUCGAAGCUGGCGGCAUAUCUGCAUCAGACUGUGCGGCCGAAGUCGUGGCUAUCGGGUCUGCAGUUAGGGGCUUUGUUAUUGGCGACCAUGUGGCGCCAACCGUCGACCUACUUAAUUUGACCGGUGACGAGAGGACUAUGGAGCAGAUUGCGCUCGGUGGCGAUGGCCCAGGAACCUUGAGAGAGUAUGCUGUUUUUGAGGAAAAGGUUUUGGUGAAGCUGCCUAAGCACCUGUCAUGGGAAGAAGCUUCAAUAGUACCCAGUGUUGGGAUUACUUCCUGGGUAACGCUUGACUCCUUGAAGAAUCUGAAGAAGGAUACAACCAUCCUGCUACAGGGAACUGGCGGAGUCAGCAUGUUUACGCUCUUAAUAGCCCUUGCAACCGGUAUCAAGCCAAUCAUCACUUCAUCCUCGGACGCCAAGCUAGAGAAAGUGAAGCAACUCGGAAAUGUUCAGGGGAUCAACUACAAGACACAUCCAGACGUCGCGGCGGAAGUACUCCGUCUCACGGGUGGCAAGGGUGUGGACUAUGUUGUUAACAACGCUGGCUUGGCCUCUAUCCCUUCCGACCUACAAAUGCUGCGAAAGAACGGAAGCGUUGUUCUAGUUGGGUUUUUGGGGGGGUUUGAUGCCAGCUUUUCCCCAUCGACACUCAUGACACUCAUGUUGAAGGCGGCUAAGCUUCAGGGUAUUCUCGGCGGCUCAAAGGUCGACUUCGAAAUGCUGGUCGAGUUCCUGGAAGCAAAGAAAAUACACGUUGACACCAUAAUCGAUCGCGUAUUCUCAUUUGACGACGCGCCAGCAGCUUUCGAGUACCUUAGCUCUGGAAAGCAUGUGGGCAAAGUUGUGAUCAGACUUUGA